CCUCCAAUGGCGGAGCUGUCAGGAGCUGCCAGCCACAACGACGGGUCAGCCUGAAGAUCCCAGACUAUCCUCAUUUCCCUUUUGCACUCCAUCCUAGCCUCGUUUUUUCCCUUUUCGGAACUGUCGUCUGUAAACGUUUCUCGUCUGCAAACCGAGCGGAAACAUUGCCGUAAAGCUGCAGGAUGAACGACAGACUUUCUGCGAGGUGUUGGACGGUGCUUGGAUUGUGCGGUGACUUAGGACUAAGUGUGCUGUGAUCGUGUGGUGGUGGUCGUGUGUUGCACAAACAAAUUUUUAAAAAAAGUGAUCAUUGUUUAGCGUGGAAGUGGUGAAUAUGGCGGAACGUCGCGCGUGUCGAUCUUUCGGAGUCGAACUCUGGGUGUGGAUUGUUGUUGCAGUCUUGGCAACAGUUCUUCGUGUUGGCGGGGCUAUCAAGAUAGGAGUUGUAAUUGGUGCAAAUCAACCACAUCGGGUUGUGUCAGCCUUCCGUGACGUCAUCCAGUAUGCCAAUCAACACGUUCCGGGGGACCGCUAUAAAGUGACUCCUCUCACAACUAGGGUACUCGACAAUGACACCUUCAACGUUACCAACGACGCAUGCGCCCACAUCAGCGAAGGUGCUGCCAUCAUUGUAUCUCCCGACGCUGGCACCGUUCACGAGGCCCUAUCGGCAGUCUCGGAAAAAUUGCACGCACCUCUGGUGAGCACUACUGUACGGCGUACGCCGUCAUCUCGAAGCACGCGGUACAGCCUCACCCUGAGACCCCACGCGCACGGUGCCCUUGCAGCAUUGGUGCUCAAGAACCGCUGGCCUCGGGUUUACUACAUCUAUGACUCGACUGACGGGCUGGACCGUCUUCAAGAAAUCCUGGCGUCGUUACCAACCGAUCACCAUCUGGACGUGCAGCACGUUAAGCGCGUUCGAGGAGAACGCAAGGCCAUCGAGUUCCUGCAAGAACAGGAAGAUCUCGAAUGGGAUACCGAGAAAGUUAUUUUCCUCGAUUGCCAAUUGGACACGGCACGAAAGGUCAUCCAACAUGCUUACCGAAGAAAGAGGGCCUACUACACGUUCGUCUAUACGCGAUACACUAUGCCAGCGCAUUGGAAGGACGUUCAAACUUACGACGCUAGUAAAAUAGUUGCCAUGAAGAUAAUCGAAGAUAAUGCAGAGAGCCGUCGGAGCAUGAUCAAAGCAGCCAGUCCAGAUUCCUUUUACGGCUCUUCAGAAGAGUUGACGGAAGAAGAAGCUCUUGUGUACGAUGCGGGUGACGUAAUCAAAGACGCACUAACGCGCCUGGCAAGCGAGCGACCAAACUUGGUCGGGGAACUGCUCCAGAGGAGCGGCUUCACUCAGACUACUCAGUGCUACAGCACGCCACUUAUUCCAUUCAAGCAUGGGCAAGUUAUUGCGGAUAUGCUGAAAAAGACAUCGGUCAACGGCACAACAGGACGGGUCAUGUUUGAUAACAGAGGAAGAAGGACGGGAUUUACGAUAGACAUCUUGGAGUUAACGUCGAAACAGAAGAUGGAAAAGGUGGGACAUUGGUCAGAGCAGCAGGGCAUUGUUCAGUACGAGUCACCAAGGCCGCAUUAUCCCACGCGACCUACGACUAUCGGCAAGAAAUUGAUAGUAACAACGAUACUGGAACCGCCAUUCCUAAUGUACAAGAAUCCAAACGAUACGAGUGACAAUGAAGACAAUCUAGAAGGAUAUUGCAAGGACCUCAUCGAUAAGGUCAUGAAAUCAAUUGGACAAGACUACACAAUCCGAAUAGUUAAGGAUAACAAGUACGGGUCAAAGGAUAAAUCCGUGCAGUCCGGUUGGAAUGGCAUGGUCGGCGAACUGCUCAGAAAGGAUGCAGACGUCGCGAUAGCGCCGUUGACCAUCACAUCGGAACGGAGCAAAGCGGUCUAUUUCACGGAACCUUUCAUGCGAGCGGGAUACAGCGUUCUCCAGAAGACGCCAGACAAGGAACCAUUCUCAAUAUUUACGUUGUUCUCUUUCUUGCGCCCCCUCUCUCUGGAGAUCUGGCUGUGCCUCCUAGGAGCAUACGUGGGUGUCGCCCUGGUCUUGUUCGCUGUAAACCGCAUCAACCUCGCUGUGGCAACACCGCCUCAGACUCCUCCGGGAGCCUGUAAUCAUCUCUACAACAGUCUCUGGUACUCACUCGGAGCGUUCAUGGCUGAAGAAUGUAACAACUUCAGACCGAAGUCCGUCGGAAGUCGCAUCAUCAGUUGCGGAUGGUGGUUCUUUGUGCUUGUGAUGCUGUCCAUGUACACGGCGCAAUUAUGGGUGAACCAGCCGUUUAAGACGGCAGCUCCUGCCUUGAGCACAGUUAAGGACUUGGCUCUCCAAGACCAAGUGGAGUACGGUUUGCUCAGGGACUCCGCUCUUGAAGACUUCUUUAAGCGGUCGAAAGAUCCUGUCUACUCUCGCAUGUGGGAAUCGAUGCUGUCUUUCAACAAUUCUUUGGUCUCUUCAGUCGAGGACGGUAUUCAGAAAGUGCGAAGUGCAGGUGACCGUUAUGCCUUCGUCGUUGACUCAAAGAUGGCGAAGUACGCGACAGCGCAAGAUCCGUGCGAUGUUUCUCUGCUCGGCGAGCCUUUCCAAUUGGGUGGCUACGGAAUUGCAACAUCGCACAAGUUCUCCUUACGGAAGGCACUCGAUGUAACCGUGGGUCGUCUUCAAGAGGACGAGUACCUGUCUAUGCUCGAAGAAAAGUGGUUCAAGAACGAAAAAUGCAAAGCAGCUGAAAAGACCGACAUCCUUCCGGCACCUCUGGAUGUGAUUCAAGUCGGCGGAUGGUUCGUGAUCCUCGGUGGCGGUCUCCUCAUAGCUAUUGCCGUGGCCAUCACCGAGGUGUGGUGUAAAAAGCCAAAGAAGCCCAAGAAACCGAAAGAGCCCAAAGAGCCAAAGCCGAAGAAAGAGAAGAAGAAGAAAGAAAAAGAGGACGAUAAGAUCAAGGAGGAAGGCGUUGAAACCCAGCUCCUGCACCACAGCAACCCCAGGAGUUCCCCGUACGAACACAUCACCGAAGGACCCAUGAUGAUGGGCUGUACUGAAGAAACCAUCGAAGAAGUCGGCGAGGAAGAAGAGGAAGACGUCGUCAAGGUCCCUAUUGCCGAUGUGGAGAACCUCACAGACAGCGAGAACCUCACCGACUCCAAGGACAUCACGCGCGACGUCACCGCCGACCGGAUAGAACCCCUGGCGGUCAACCCUCUGGAGAACCACCCAGAGAUCAAGUCCAUAGACCACAGCCCCGUAGAGUCGCCGAGGGGGGGCUACGAAAGUUCGGAAGUUUAAUAAGGCAAAAAUAUCUACAAGGUGCCACCGGGUGGCCAAGAUGUCCUGGACUCUGGCGUCUUCUUCAGCUUGCGUAGUCCACCCGUUCUCUGCAGCCGCCUUCCUGAUUUCUCUCUCUCUCUCUUUUUUUCCCCCGCCCCCCGCUUUCAUAACAUAUAACGUGAUCAACAGCUCUAGGCCGUGCAGACCGUACCGGGGUCGGUAUUUGCAUAGCAUGUUCACUCCUUGUUGUGUGCUCAUAUAAUGUACCUAAUAUAGAGAAUGUUGUGAUCGUCCUUCGACAACCACUGUGUGAAAACUUUCGGGGAUUACUCGGUGUGUACAUACGACCUUCUUAUGAAUGUGUUUGACACUGAUCUAAAUGUAACGCCGCUUAGUAAGUGGUCCUAAAUGUUCCGAACGGUAAAUUAUACAUACAUAUACUUGCGGUCUGUACAAACUGGUGAUUCAAUGGUGGAUGAAUUCUUGCUUGCGUGUCGUCUUAACGCUAUCCUCAUCAGCCUCGAAAAUGGUUAGAAGACACUUUGACUUCAUUCGGGAAAUAUUUUGUUCAGACAUUGUAGAACGCGGAUGGUUUUUACGCGCAAGAAGAACUGCGACGGCUUAUCGAGUGUGGACUUAGCUUCAAUGCAGAUACUGCAAGCAGGAUACCGGUAUUGCCUGCAUUCCUACUGUGCAAUACCUUAGGGAAACUGAAAAUAACAGCGAUAGAUUCAAAGCGCGCUGCUGCAGCUACGAUGGUGCUCCCUGCACAUGCCAGAGCCGACUACUGCAGUACUGUAGAAUUCGGCUCUGACAUGCAGUUCGGUAAAAAAAAGAGCACAUAGCGAAUGUCCCGAUGUGUCUCGAAGAAGUCAACCAAGCUGAGGAAGGCUGCGGAUGAAAGUGAAGCAGAAGGACCCUGCAGGGGGCUUUAUUGCAGCAAGGCUUAGCGAGCCAUUCCAUAUUUAUUUUCUUAAUUCUUAUUUCUGGGCAUAUACAAAAAUGAUAAGGCAGACAAUGAUAACAAUUUCCUUUGUCUCUUAUUUGGCGGGACAUCGUAAAAAAGGAAACAGGUUCUUUAGCUUCCUAGCUUUUUUCGUAGCGAGCGUUGCCCUCCAAGUCGCAGUAUCUAUAAAGUAAUGGCAAAGCAAUGAUUGAUGAACCGACACUGCCAAGUCUUUUUACACUCUACCCAUAUCUGCAUCUUAAAUGAUUGCGUCCCUAGUCAUAAAAACGCCCAUGUGUUUGCAGCCGCUGAGCUAUACAUAGAAAAAGUUUCGGAUGAAAUUGUACUUUGUUUUUCCGAAAAAAAAAAGUGUUUUGUACCGUGCACUAGACACAACUUAUGCACAAUUGAUGCUGCUUUCGUCUGAUCUCAACUUUAGCUCAAGUGCGUCUACCUUAGUGUUCCUACACUCUUAAAACAGAACAUCACUCCAUAACAGGCUCGUGGCCAACCAUCGUCCGAAACAACAUCCUCGCUGAAAAUGGGAGGCACACAUUUUUGUGACACUUAUGCAGUUACGUGAAUUGUCACAAAAGGGCGUAGGCCCCGUGCUCUCGACAAAUAAGGAGUAAUGACGGUAUCAUUCUGUGCAAUAGUUGGUCUUCAGUAUGUUAUGUGGUGAAGUCCUCUUUCAAGGGUGUACGGCGCUUUACGGUUCUCUAGAAAUCUCACUGCAUAACGACUAUGUAUACAACAUGUUUCCUUUCUUUUGUCUUUUUUUGUUAUUUCUCGCGUUAACCAAUUUCUAAGUGUCUUUGUGAGAGAAUGUGUCAUUUUUGUCGUGACAAACAUCCCGCUUAGCUAUGUACGCAAAAAAAAAAAAAAAAAAAAAAAACAGCAUUAGGGGUUUCAGGUCAAUGCAUACUGCUAUUCAUGUUACAAUUUGAUACGGAACUUUCACGUUAAUCAAAUCCAUCUUAAACAACCGUAAAUUAAAAGUCACGUUGUGUGUCAUGUGUCACGAGCUAAACGGGAUGUAGAUAAAUGCGGAUAACUAUAUUACAAACCGUUUCAUCUUGCUCAAGCAUGUCUAUAAGCUGCUUUACGUGUGGUUGUGUACAGUGAUGCUGUCUAUACUUGGCGCAUGGUCACGUGUAACAUUGUAUUCUCCUUUCAAGACGUGAAAGGGCAGUUUUAAGGAUCGACCGUUAUGUUUUGAAGUCACGGGUCCAAAGUGAACUUGCAGGCGUUCAUUCUUUAAGGCACACUUAGUGGUAUGACCGCUAAGGAAAGAGAGUAGGAGUAGGGCUACACAAGUGGGCAAUUCGUUCGAAUAUUCCAAUAAAUUGUAGUCGUAGAAAAAUAAUUUGGCCGCCAUUAAGCAGUGUAAGCGCUAUUUAAAAAGGGUUGGAGUAGGAGUUGGAAUUAGGAAAGAAAAAUAUGGAGAUGGUGGCUCCUACAAAAUACAGUAAAACGCAAAAACGGGUCAUUUUUAGGUUUCUGUUGCUUUGAUGAGUUCCCUAAAGGUACCGAGCAAAUCUAAUGAAACUUUAAUUUAGUAGGAUUCAAAUUUAAACGCGAUACUGCAGGGAAGCGCCACACGAGGUGGAGGCAAUGUAUCAACGCUUUAACAGCGUGUUAAUUGAAAUUAAUUGAAAUAAAAUCAAUCGAUUGAAGUGAAACGAAACUGAUUAGGGGCGAACCCCAGUAACAAAUAAACAAACGAAAAUAUUACUAUUCCACACAAAUAUCAACGUAAGAUUCCAAAGCCGCAAUCAAACGUACUUCACAAAGAUCUUUAAUGCCGCAUAGUUGUAUCUUGAUUUACUUUAGUAACUUUUAAUAAUAGUAAUUUACUUAACCCCAGGCGUUUCAAUCACUGAGUCAAUCUUGCACGGAGGUUAAAAGACUACAGAUGAAGUUUAGUGGGCAUCUAGUUAUACGAAGUAUUUCCGUGCGUUAGCGUCCAUAACUUUAACCCUUCUUGCCGCUUCAGGUGUGUUUUUCUACGCUAUAUUAUACUUCUCGAAGGAGAUUUUCCGUUUGCUGCAAAGUAUCACGUACGCCCCCUCCGUGUUACUAUGUCAGUGUGACUGUGUCAUGUAUGCACUUUUUGGAAAUCAGUUGUACGGUCUGGUUCUGCGUUCAUUUAGUCAUAUAGGGUAGUCCUACUCGAAUCCCGUAACUUGCUGCGGUGUACAUUGCGUCGCUGAAGGAUGUAGUUGACACAGUAAUGUGUAGCUCGCUCGCCUGUUAUAGGCUUGAAACAUCGCAAGUAUCAAAUUCUACGUUAUCAGUAUAGUAUUUUAUUGUUGAAGCUAUUAGUUAAUAAGCACGACCAAAUAAUUUAAUAUAUACCGCGUUAUAAAAUGCAAAAAUAUUUUAGGAAUAUCUGUACGAUAUAAGGACUCGCCGAAUUUUACGGGAGAAGGGAAACGGGAGGAAAAAAAAACUGCAUUUAAGAGCAGCACGAAAGUAACCUUAAAAAUCUGUUAGCUGCGUCUUCGUGGAAUAACAACGGAAAAACGUAUUUGAUGAUGAUAAUGACAAAGUGUAAUCAACGCGUUGAGAUCCCGCACACUAAAUAGUGCACAAGAUGAAACAAAUGGAACGGCAGCAGCUUUAUCUAACGGCUCACAGUUUGAAUACGGUGUUUAGACGUGGCAUCCAUACCAGUGUCUAUAUACGAUAUUUUAUGUGUAAAUAGGGUACACACCCGUGCGACUGUGCCAUUUUAUCGAGUGAUAAAAACUUUUGUAAUCGUUGGUUUUCGCUGUACAUUUAUACCUGGUACCAAUUUUACAAAUAAAC